CUUAUCAUACUGAACACAACAAGUUCAUAAAAUACCCUUAAAUUGUUCCAUCAUUUCAAUAUUUCAACUCACAUCUCUCUCUUUCUCUCUCCCUCACACACCUAGCUAGAAAGAGAAGAAAAUUCUCAUCAACAUGGUACAUUCAAAGAAGUUCAGAGGUGUCAGGCAACGCCAUUGGGGCUCUUGGGUCUCUGAGAUUCGUCAUCCUUUAUUGAAAAGGAGGGUGUGGUUAGGAACAUUUGAAACAGCUGAAGAAGCAGCUAAAGCAUAUGAUGAAGCAGCAAUUUUGAUGAGUGGAAGAAAUGCAAAAACUAACUUUCCAAUUAAUGUGGAAAAUCAAACCAAUUCUAUUUCAUCUUCUUCAACUUCUUCCAAAGCAUUUUCUGCAGUUCUUAGUGCAAAGUUAAGGAAGUGUUGCAAGUUUCCUUCACCUUCACUCACUUGUCUGAGGCUUGAUGCAGAGAAUUCACACAUUGGAGUGUGGCAGAAAGGUGCAGGUCCUCGUUCGGAAUCAAAUUGGAUUAUGAUGGUUGAGUUAGAAAGGAAAAAAAGUGCUUCUGUGCCAGAGAAGGCAAAGCCAGAGGAAUUAAGUAAAAAUGGUUUGGAUGAUGAACAGAAAAUUGCUUUGCAGAUGAUAGAAGAACUUCUCAAUAGAAACUAAACUCUAUGCUUUAACUUUCAUGUGUGGACCUCAUUGAAGGAGUUUAAUUUGAUGUCCAUGAUGAUGUCUUUUGUUUGUUUGUUUUGUCCUAAGUAAGAGUGUGAUAUAUCAUGAUAUAUUGUGUUUUACUUUA